AUGGGAUGCUGCCGGGAGGAGUUUACCAUCAAGGUCAGUGGCAGCAACCACCAAAUUGGCUGUCCCAGGACACUGUGCCGCGUCAACGAACGCCACACGUUCAGGAGUGGUAGCAGCGGAACUGAGAAGCGACCGAGCCCAAGCAACGCGGUGGCCUACAUUGUGAAGGAGCCUGAACGCAGCGGGGAGGACACGAGCAAGUUUGUCGCCGACAUGCUCGGUGUCAACGAAAGGACUGUGUUCAAGGUGGCCGGCAUCGCGGCAGACCGCAUCGGUCGACGGCCCGUGCUGUGCUUGUGGCUAGUGCUGCUCUUCUUCGCCGGCACCUUGCUCGUGUUCGCCCUCACCGUGCCCGUGUUCGCCGCGCUCCGGUUCCUACUUUCGGCCGGUGCCGCCGGUGUAGUCGUGGCGUCGCACGUGCUUCUGUUCGAGGUGACUGGCACGCGCUAUCGCACCUCUUACUGCGCCGUCGCCAUUGCCAGUGGCAUUUUGGCUGCAGACGUCUACAGCGAGCUCAUCUACGUCUGCAUCCCAAACUGGCACCUGGCACAGGUUGCCUUCAUGAUUCCCUCGUGCGGCAUGAUCGUCGCGGUGUACCUGAUAGAGGAGUCUCCCUGCUGGCUCGUGGCCGUCUCCGAGAUGCGCUACGCCGAGAGCGUUCUCACGUGGGCGGCCGGCGUCAACAACAUUGAGCCGAGCAUGUUCAGACGCCGCCUCUCUCGCCUCAGGAUCGAGCUGCACCAGCAGAACGAACAGCUGGCCAUGCAGCAAGAACCGGAAGGCGCCAUCGUCUCGGAGCACGAAGUCCGCGUCUCCGACUUGCUGUCCAAACAGCACCUGCGUCGGCGGUCUGCCGUCAUAUUCGGCUGCUGGUUCCUGGUGUUUGGCGCGUUUGCACACUUCACCACAACCAACGUGUUGCGCAACAGCGAACGGGCCCGCAUCGCCCUCGUCUUGCUUCGACUGCCUUGCGUCGUGGCGGACGUCUACGCCAUCACAUGCGCCGGUCGACGCCUGUCCCUCGGCUUUAGCAUGCUGGCACUCUCCGUCGUGGCCACUGCCUUGUCAGUGGCGGAGCUGUUCGGCGCCUCGGCGAAGCUCUCCACCGCUCUCGUCAUCUCGGGGCUUCUCGCCUUCGACUUGUCCGCCGUCACGCUGUUCGCCUUCUCCGCCGAGCUGUAUCCGACCGUGCUGCGCGGCACUGCGUUGGGUUGCUGCUACAUGAGCGGCCGGCUAGGCGCCUUCGUGGCGCCGUUCGUAAACUUGAUCCCGUCUCCACAGCUAAGGAGCGCUGCGUACGCCGUCACGGCCACCAUGUUGCUGGUGCUGAGCGUGAUGGCGUUCGCGCUACCGGAGACGAGGCAGCUGCCACCUUCCAACACAAUGCAGGGCAUGCUGGCCAUGGAGGACAAAUGGCUGCUCGGCUCUCCGCUGCGAGUGGCCCGAGGCGGCGGCAAGCGUCGGCGUCCUAGAACGACGUCUGUGGAUGGCGUGAAGAGGCAGGGGCGUGGUUCCGCCUUGAGGCAACUGCAAUAA